AUGUCCGAGUCUGAGCUUGCGAGGCAGCAGAAGAUCAACGAUUGGCUUCCCAUCACUUCUGCUAGGAAUGCCAAAUGGUGGUACUCAGCUUUCCAUAAUGUCACUGCCAUGGUUGGGGCUGGUGUCCUUAGUCUUCCUUAUGCACUUUCACAGCUUGGCUGGGGUCCUGGUAUCGUUAUCCUUAUUCUGUCAUGGAUCAUCACCUUGUACACACUAUGGCAAAUGGUUGAGAUGCAUGAAAUGGUGCCUGGCAAGCGGUUCGAUAGAUAUCACGAGCUGGGACAACAAGCCUUUGGGCCGAAGCUGGGACUCUGGAUUGUGGUACCUCAACAAGUAGUUGUUGAGGUUGGUGUUUGCAUAGUCUAUAUGGUGACAGGAGGAAAAUCAUUGAAGAAAGUCCAUGAUGUGCUUUGUCCUAGCUGCAAAGAUAUCAGGACUAUAUUCUGGAUUAUGAUUUUCGCUUCUUGUCACUUUGUUCUCUCCCAUCUCCCCAACUUCAACUCCAUGUCUGUUGUCUCACUCGCCGCAGCAGUAAUGUCCCUUAGUUACUCAACAAUUGCAUGGGCAGCUUCAUUACACAAGGGGAGAUCACCAGAUGUGGACUACAGCUACAGAGCCAAAACCAAUGGUGGAGCUGCGCUUAACUUCUUUGUUGGGUUAGGAGAGGUAGCAUUUGCCUAUGCUGGUCACAAUGUGGUUCUGGAGAUCCAAGCAACCAUUCCUUCAACGCCGGAGAAGCCUUCCAAGGGUCCUAUGUGGAAAGGAGUGAUUGUGGCAUACAUAAUCGUGGCGAUAUGCUACUUCCCUGUUGCUAUUGCUGGGUUUUAUGUCUACGGGAACACCGUUGAUGAGAACAUCCUCAUCUCGCUGGAGAAACCGGCCUGGCUAAUUGCAGCUGCUAACUUGUUCGUUGUGGUUCAUGUGAUUGGAAGCUAUCAGAUAUAUGCAAUGGGGGUGUUUGACAUGAUUGAAACGUUUUUGGUCAAGAAAAUGAACUUGCCACCGAGUUUCAUUCUCCGCUUUGUUACUAGAACUACAUAUGUUGCGGUUACUAUGGUUGUUGCCAUGGCAAUCCCUUUCUUCAGUGGCCUUCUCGCAUUCUUUGGAGGAUUCGCUUUCGCCCCAACAACAUAUUUUCUUCCCUGCAUCAUGUGGCUUGCCAUCUACAAACCGAGACCAUUCACUCUAUCUUGGUUUGCUAACUGGAUCUGUAUCAUUCUUGGGGUUACUUUGAUGAUUCUAGCUCCUAUUGGUGCACUAAGGAACAUUGUCAAAAAAGCGAAAACCUAUGAGUUCUUCUCUUAA